UGUUUGGUGAAGUUGUACCAAAAUCGACAUUCGGAUGUCACACCGACGGCUUAUACCACUUUUAGUAUACUGGGAGGAACGAUUUUGUGUGGCACACUUGGGAUUUUGUUCGAGAGUCAUUUCAUCGUUGUCGUUCUUGUAAGCGUCGUCUAUUUCGCAUUGUCGGUUUACUUAUUUUUGAACAUUUAUUCCUUCGGUGCUGCUCGUGAUGUUUUGCGACGCUUUUUUCUUCGACGGCGAGGCUACGAAGACUCAAAUCCUGUCCCAACACCAAACAAAGCGCGUUGGUGGUUAUUGUUAAUUGCAAAAACCAUCAAUAUUUUGUUAUUCACAUUGGGACUAACUCUGGUACUCACACACAAAACCGAUUUUGGGACUUUUCUUUUACUAAUUUUAGCAGGCAAUGCUAUACUAUACACUCUGAUGUAUACAAUCAUGAAGUUAAUUUAUUGUGAGUGUGGAUUAACUUCCAUUCAAGGAGUGAUUUAUGGGGUUCUAGCAGUGGCAACUUGGAUCCCAGCUGGAGUGUUCUUCUUCAACCAGAGCUCAAAAUGGACUGAAAGUCCAGCCCAAUCCCGCCAACUCAACCAACAAUGCAUCUUCGCGGACUUCUUCGACAGUCACGACCUCUGGCACUUCCUCAGCUCUUUAGCACUUUAUUUCACUUUCAUGUUCUUGUUAUGUGUCGACGAUAACCUUUCCACAAGUCGCACAGAUAUUCCUUUAUUCUAAAAUAAAUAAAAAAUUUGUGAUAUUUUA